UCUCGGGUUUCUCAUGGAAGAAACGUCCAAGCUACAGUUACCGGAGAGUUUCCUUAGCUUUCUAGAGGCGAAUGGCCUUGAUCCUUCAAUCUAUACUCACGGAGAUUCAAUUCCACGUUAUGUAAGGUUGAAACCUGGAUUCGAGGAUGCUUUCGAAGAGAUUGAAUCCGAAAUUAACUGUAAACUGGAGAAGGUGAAUUGGUUACCAGGAUUUUACUCCAUCCCUCCAGAUGUUCAUAUAGCCAGAACCAAGGCCUAUCAGCAAGGCAUGAUGUACGGAAUCGAUGCAGCUUCCGGUGCCGCUGUCUCAGCUCUUGGUAUCUCCCCAGGAGACCAUGUCUUGGAUCUUUGUGCUGCUCCUGGUGCUAAACUAUGUAUGAUGCUUGACCUACUGGGUCAGAAGGGUACUGCCACCGGUGUCGAUGUUGCAAGGCAUCGUCUUGCUGCCUGCAGAACUAUGCUUCUAAAGUAUGGGCUUGCUGAAAGGAGCCGGCUUUUUCUUGCUGAUGGAACCACUUUCUCAGUCCCACCAACCAGAAACCUACCAUGUGAGUCAUGUGUGGACGAUCAUGAAGACACAUUCAAGCAGUGGACCUCCCGUAGACCUUACAAAGAAAGGAAACAAGAAGCUAAGGCAAGGAAGAAUUCUGUUUUGCCGCAGAAUGGACAGGCAGAAAUUAUUUUCUACGGACAGGGUUCUGGAGUAAUCGGGCUAAAAAAGAAUGAACUUUAUAGAUCCCUUGACCAAAAUGAUUAUGCAUCUUAUGGGUAUGAUAAGGUUCUUGUGGACGCAGAGUGCACACACGAUGGUUCGAUCAAACAUAUCCAGAAAUUUGAGCAAUGGGGUUGGAAAACUCUGGAACGCCGUGUUCUGGAUGCUGAGAGAACCGAUACAAACUUAAAAGCUCUUCAGUUGAAUCUACUGAGAAAUGGAUUCAGAUUGUUGAAAGAAGCUGGCACUCUAGUGUACAGCACCUGCAGGUGAAAAGUCCAAUCACAAUAAGCUCUCUGUGCUCUUGCCUCUCCUUUUUUCUAUUCUUUUAGACGUGAGUCAGUGAUCUAAGUCGUGUAACUAUCAGUUUGACGCAUGCCCAAAACGAAGAUGUGGUGGAUCAGUUCCUUUCUGAAAAUUUCUCUGCAGAGCUACAAGAGAUUGAAAUGGCCAAGGAUUGGCCGUGUAGAAGUGGUCGCACGCCUAAGACACUGCGGUUUGAUCCUUCCACCUCAGCAACCAGCGGCCUUUUCGUUGCAAAAAUCAGGAAAUUGCCACCCAACGAAGCAAAGAAGAAUGUGUUGUGAUACCUCGCUCAAAAGGGUCGUUCGGUUGAUGACUUUACUGAAAAGUGAUUUAGCCCUUCAAAAAGGGAGAUGAGAAAAACAUAUUUCACAAAACUCACUAUAUUGUUGCAAGAAAUAUAACAUGAACAACAAGUGAGAAAGAGUAGUUUGGUGGUAUUGAUGCUCUCUUUUGAAUGUUUUGAUUGAAAAUCCUUGAGA